AUGAGAGCUGCUCCGGGGAGUGUGUCUGAAGUGGAGACAGAGGCCCAGUCUUCGCAGGCAAAAGAUUAAACCAUGGCGUCCGCCGUUGCAGAGGGCGCUCCAAGAUCCCCAACUCAGGAGGAGAAGGGCACAGGGUACCUGCCUCUGUUGCCCUUCGAUAAACAGGGUUUGGAUGUCCAAAUUGCAGAGGCUGAUUCCUGGGAUGUCCAGACUCAGGGAAGCAAGAGCCAGGAAGUUAGCAAAUCCUCUUUCUGGGAGAACGGCGAUGCCCCGGUGAGACAGAAAUCCUCACUUACUCUGUUAACCGAGCGGGAUGUUAAGACGAUGGCGUUAUUCGAGAAGGAAGAGAGUGAGAGCGGCUACACCCGUCCACUCUGGCCCAGCAAGGACACGUUCAUCCUCUCCCUGCUGGGCUUCUCCUUGAGGGCACUCAAUUUCUGGCGUUUUCCAUACCUGUGGCUUCACAAUGGAGGCUGGAGCUUUUUCCUCAUCUACUUGGUCUUGCUGUUUGUGGUCGGGAUUCCUCUCCUCUUCCUCGAGAUGGCGGUUGGUCAGAGGAUGCGCCAGAAUAGCGUUUUCUCCUGGGCUGUCAUUAGCCCUUGGUUUAGUGGUGUGGGGUUUAGCAGCUUAAUGGUGAGCUUCAUCACCGCCAUGUACUUGAACGUGGUCAAUGCCUGGAUCCUCUUCUACUUGGGCCAGUCCUUCCACUUCUCCACCCUGUGGCGGCAGUGUCCUCUGCUGAAGAAUGCCAGUAGCUUUGAUCCCGAAUGUGCACGGACAGCGCCCUCCAUGUACUUCUGGUACCGGAUGACCCUGAGGGCCUCGGACAGAAUCGAGGACAGAGGGCCGCCGGCCGUCACUCUGCUCCUGCCCCUUCUGAUUGCUUGGUGUCUGGUUGGCAUUUUCAUGAUUAAUGGGAUCAGAGGCAUCGCGAGGGUAGAGUAUGUCUUGAUACCAUUGACCACUAUCAACAUAAUCCUUUUCUUCGUCCGGAGUUUACUGCUGACCGGGGCACAAAACGGGCUUCGAUACUUGACAUUUAUGAAGGUGUCAUGUAUGUACAGCCUCAGAUCGUGGGUCCAAGCUGGGGUGCAAGUCUUAUUUGCCUUAGGGCUCGGCUACGGGCCUGCUGUUGUUUACUCCUCAUACGUGGACCAGCCCAGCAACUGUCUCAAUGAUGCGUUUAUUCUGGCUUUUGUCAACCUGGGCUUCUCUGUCCUCUCCUCACCUUUUAUCUUCAGUGUGCUGGGCUUCUGGGCCACCAUCAUCACGCAGAACUGCGCUGCGAAGAAUUCCGAACUGCUCUUGAAACUGGUACUUGAGGGGAAGCUGCCUACUGAGGCCUUUCCCCCUUCAAACAUGCAAACUCUUCCAGCCACCGUCUUCAACUCCUGGCUGAACAAGCUUUCCAAGCGCACCAAGAACAUGGUCCUCAAAUACGUCACUGAGUGCGACCUGGAGAAGCAGUUUAUGAAGGUUAAGGAGGGCCCAAACUUUGCAUUCCUGGCCUUUAUUGAAGCCAUAUCCUUCGUCCCUGGGUCUGCCUUCUGGUCCAUUCUCUUCUUCCUGCUCUUGCUGAGCCUGGAGAUGAAUUGCAUGAUAGGGCUUCUGCAGAGCGUCCUGACUCCGCUCCAGGACACCUUUGCUUUCUGCAGGAACCAUGCAAAGCUAUUUAGAGUGUUUCUCUUUGGGCUCAUGUUCCUGUGCGGCACCUUCUUCAUUAAACCUGCAGGCGUCUACUACAUCGUACUGCUGGCUGAUUACUGGAUGGUCCUCCCCAUCAUCUUCAUUAUCAUCUUUGAAAACGUGGCCGUGAGCUGGGCCUAUGGGUCCAGGAGGUUUCUUGCAGAACUGGGGACUCUGUGGAACCACCCCAUCCAUCCCAUCUUUCACUGGCUGUGGUGCUGCGUGUGUCCAGCUGUGCUGACGGGCCUGUUCGCUGCAAUCCUGUCUUUCCAAAAUAUGAAGAACUUCACUUAUGUGGCCUGGGACUCUAGUACUUCACAACAGGUGUAUCGACCCUACCCAUCAUGGGUGCUGUUCCUGAUGAUUUCCGUCUUCCUCGUCAUCACCCUCCCCAUCCCCUUAUACUCUGUGUACAGCUACACCCACGGUACUCCCUUCAAGCCUAGAAGCUUGGAUGGCUCUCUCACAUCCUCCAGGCCCAAAAGUGAGGACCAACCGACGGAAGCCCCACAAGCUAGCAGUGAACCUGCUGGUCCGUCAGUUGUAUGACAUCUUCACUUCCUUGAUGUGGCCUGACAUCGCACAUCCUUCGAAGCAGAUCGAACUGGCAACUCAUAACUACCAACUGGUAUGUCCUUGGACCCAGAACUCCUUCUGUUCCCAAGAAUAUAGCGUUAUUUGGGGGGCCCUUGGGACCUGGCUUUGCAGACCCCCUCCUAGACCCCUCUGUUGCCACUGUCAUUGCCCCCACCCCCUUUCUCGGUGUGGACACAUACGCACUGUCGGUGAUGCAAACCAAAACCUGGAGCUGGAGGAGUAAUGCUGUUGAUCAAUAAAUCAAUCCAAGCACUGGGUGUGAACAGAUCUGUUUUUAUUUUCUAUAAAUGGCUCAGAUAGUCAGUCUUACUCUCAGGGGGCUGCCAUCCCUUGGAGAGCUAAAUAUUCAGACCUGCGCUCCUGCCCUCUCCU